AUGAGUAAGAAACGAUAUGAAUGUAAUAUAUGUGGCAAAGCAUUUCCAUUUAAUUACCUUUUAAUUAGGCAUAAGCGCAUCCAUGCAUAUGACAAACUUCUUGUGUCUAAAGACAUUUCCCAGCAACAAACAAGUGUAAAGUCUGAUGAAUUUGUUGCACGCUUAAAAUCAUUUAUAAAUCUAGAAGGUUCAAGCAACAGAUGUCUAGCCAGAGAAAUGAGAAACCACAAGAAUGUGAUAUAUGCGGGAAAACAUUUGCACACCAGGGGCCACUUAAAUGGACAUUUAUGUGUUGCAAAUAAUGAGUCAAAUGUGUCUGAAAAUGCUUCCAAACAGCAUAUGGCUGAAAAACCUAAUGAAUCUGGUGCAAGUUUAAAAUCAUUCACCUAUCCAGAAGAUUUACAGCAGCAUGUGUCCGUUCAGAGAAAUGAGGAACCACAGGAAUGCAAUAUAUGCGCGAAAACAUUUGCGCACCAGGGCCACUCAAAUGGACAUUUAUGCGUUGCAAAUAAAGAGUCAGAUGUGUCUCAAAAUGCUUCCAAACAUUUUGAGAUGGUGGAAACAAAAUGGCUGGAAAAGCUAAUGAAUCUGCUACAUGUUUAA